AUGGGAGAUGCCGCUUCUAGAGGCUCUUCUGAGCUUGUCGACAGUCGCGUUUUCGACAUGGACAUCAUGCAGUAUGGCAUCAUGCCUGAACAACUUGCCAGAGUCCGCUGCUUCUAUCCUGAACAUCAUCCUCGCCUGAUGAAGACACCCGCGUCUACUGCUGAGAAGCACAUCAUCGUUCAAGGCUCUAUCUCCGAAAUCAGUCACCAUCGAUGUGUCGUCCGUGUCCAUGACAUCACUCUGGGACCUUCUGCAGGUGUGGUUGAGAAGCGUCGUCAUGCUGAAGCUGUUCCUGAUGCUCUUGAUCCUGAAAGUUUUCCUGGUCAAUUCGCUAGUCCCGCAGAGGACGUUUUAACGUUUCUGGACUGCCUGAAGAGCUUUCCGGAGUUCACAGAGGAGGCAGUCGGUAGGUCAUUGCGUGCUUUCGAAGUCGAUCUCAAGGAGCACAGAGGUCAAUUUCGGUAUCCAUCAGUGUGGUGCUGUAUCCACAGCUUGAUGUCCGAAAUUGGGAAGCAUGCGGAGGGGGUGGUCCUUGGUCAGGCGAAGCUUCCUGCAGCCUGCAGGCGUUCCAUCAGGCCCGAAUUAGCCAAUCUGCGAAACUCGUCGAAGGAAUCCGAUGUCGGAAUCCGGGACUCAACUCAUCUUAGGAGAGACGGAUGCGGCUCGACUUCGGCCCCAAAUCCGUUACCAUCCCAACCUGCUUCAAGCAAUCCGAAUGGAUCCGUGCCGUCAUCCAAGUACCUUCGGAUCGAAGAAUGACCAUACCUUUGUGUUUCACCCACAAGCGCCAUCCUCGGC